GGGACACGGGAAAGAACACGAAAACGAAAACGGACAAAGGGAAAAAGGUAAAAAGGGAGGGAAAGGUGGGCAGCGGAGAAGAGGACAGGUCAGAAGAGGCGGGAAAUUGGGGGGGGGCAAUGUUGCGGGAGACGAGAUUGGCAGCGGGGGGAAUGAAUGAAUGCGUGUUCAAUGCUUGAAGGCUGUUGAGAGGAAAGGGUGAGCGUGAGUGAGCUAAAGAUAGAAAGUGCGGUAGGGAGGGGGGAGGAAGUCGACGUGGAGGGGUUUGGGUGGGGGUAGGGGGGUGGGGUAGGGGGGGUUGGGUCGCGAUGGCACCGUCAUCGUCGGUAUCGCCUAGCCGAAGGAACCAGAGGCGGGGGAGGUCACCAGGUAGGGGAAUGAGACGCGUAAGGCGGGAGUAUCGGAGUCGUUCUAAGGACAGGGAUCGGUCGCCUCCGCUCAGAGAUCGAGACAGGACGCCGCCGGCAAGAGACAGGGAGAGGUCGCCGCCGCCGCCAUUGAGAGAUAGGGAUAGGGAGAGGGAACGGGAUAGAGAACGGGAGCGCGAGCGGGAGAGGGAGCGGGAAAGGGAGAGAGCGAGGGAUCGGGAACGAGAUCGGGAUCGAGAACGAGAUCGAGAUCGCGAUCGGGAUAAGGUGUCUCAACGAGACAGGGAAAAGCCGCGGGAGAAAGACAAGUCUCCAACUGCCAAAGAUAAAGUUGCCCCACGCGAGAAAGACAGGGAAAAGUUAUCCCGUGAGAGGGAGAAGUCGCCGCCACGUGUAAGAGAAUUUACUGAAGCAGAGCUGAAGCAGAUCGAAGAAGAAACAGCGAAGAGACUCGAGGAGACGGUGCAGAAACAGGUUGAGGCUGCGCUCAACUCUGAGGAGAUGAAGCAAAAAAUCCAGGAAAUGAUUGAUGAAGGCCAAAAAAGAAUAGUGGACGAGGUCAAUAAACGGCUGGAGGAAGAGAAGCAACAACUGCUCGAGGAAGCCCGGCGGAAGGAGGAAGAAGCGCGGAGGCAACAAGAGGAGCUUGAUCGCAUGCUAGAGGAGAACCGGAGGAGGGUGGAGGAAGCACAAAGGAAGGCAGCAGAAGAGCAAGCAAUGAAGGAGGAAGAGAGAUAUAGAGAGCUGGAAACCUUGCAGAAACAGAAAGAGGAACUGUUGCGGAGGAGGAAAAAGGAGGAGGAUCAAGAAAGAGCAGAGCAAAUGAAAAUCCUCGGGAAAAAGAACACGCGUCCUAAGCUGUCGUUUGGUUUUCAAGCUGUCAGCAUGGGGCCUCCGAUCCUGGUUGACCCCUUGAGAGUGUAAGCUGGACGCAUUCUCUCCCUGACGAUGGGGAAAAGAGCAGAGGCAUGCCUGAAAUCGUUGCUCGUUUGGGGUUGGUUGGCAUGCCUGGCCGCGUCUUCUGUGGAUGGUGGGGCCUUAGAGAUUUGAGUUGGCCGAACUCCUGGCGAACAGUGCAAGGCGUCUUUGAACACCGUCCCUUCACAGCCUGCCAUUCAUGAUUCAGGUGAAGAAGCGCCGGGGCAGCCCUCCCUGAAGCGUUCGCAGUUCUGCCAGGAGUGCUCAGCCGGGUUUGUGCGGGCAGAUUGAUGAGGUGUAGGUUGCACCGGAAGUCCUUGGCUGUGCUCUGUGGGCAGAGACGAAUGCAAUGAACGCGCGUGGUGAUUGUUUCCGACGAGGUUGUCAAACGCACUGGAGGAGCGCGGCCGUAGUGUAGUUAUCAUGCCAGCAUUGUUUGGCCACUCGCUGAAGAAGUCGGAGCUUCUUGCAGGAGAGGGCCAUACUUUCCCUGCUUUGGCGCCGGGCAAGCAACCGAGGAGGUGAAGGAAGGCAGGUGCCGGUCGCAGUGUGGAGGACCAAUAGCUGUGAGGUGAAAAGUACUGACCCUUCCUCCUAACACAACGUUACCGUCAGUUCCAACGGUCGAUCCCGGUUGCUAGGUUAGACCCUGAAAAGACCGGAUCUCACGGUCUGUGAGAAAUGAUGUCGGGUAGUGACCUGACCGUAGCUUGUGCGGACUUACACUCCCACAUGUGAUCAACUACCAUACCAAGGGUUAUUGCGCACGCUGGGCAGGUUGUAGGUACGAAGGAAGGGUCGUGAAUGGAGAAGGCGCGAGGGAAGGGAACGUUCGCGGCAUCUCCCUCCUCAGUCUGGGGCAAUGAGGAUGGUGGUCUUUUGAGGGAAGGAGGUGGUCAUACGAGAAGCCGUCGUGUGAUGAAUAUGGAGUUGGGGAUGAUGAAAAGACUUGCUGCUGGAGGUAUGUGCGCACUGGCAUGCAAACGAGUUGAUGCAGAGAACUACACAAUCGGGUUCGUUCUGGGGUGUUGGCUGGUGGGACCUUUGGGUACGGUGCCCUUCAGAAGUCGCAGUGUGAGGAGUAUGUAGGUGCAAAUGAUAGAGAGACUUGCUGGAGGUUUGUGUAUUGGCAUGUGAGCACGCGUAAUUGAUGCAGAUAACUAUGGAAUCGGGUUCUUUCGGGGGUUGGCUGGUGCUGCGACUGGAGAAAGGGCAUCGCCGACGGAUUGAGAUCGGACUGUCCUGUGGUUCCAGCGGUUGCGGUUCUUUCCAGUGGCUGGGCAUAACUGCAAAAUUGCUCCGUAGUUCAGAAUUGUCAUCCUGUUAUUGCCUCGGAACCCGGCAGGUCGAUGAUUCUAGAAAGGAGGAAGGAAUUGGAGGCAGAUCCGAGUCCGGGGUUCGGUUUGUCGCUCGUGACAUUCACAUAUCGGCAUUGAGACGAGAAUGUGCUCCUCUCGUUACCUGUUAUGACUGGCAAAGGAAUGUGUCAUUCACCUGAAGUGGAUUUGCUGCUGAUGACAAAAAUUGGUGGAGCUGGUGCAGGGCAGGUGGUGGGUGACUAGCUCUAUAAGAUGGAGCUACCUACCGUCUUCCCCCGAACAUAAUGCACCCUGAAAAUGAACGUAUACAAGGUAUGUUUCUGGCCCGAUACAGUAAAAAUGAGGAUGGGUUGUGAUUGAUGGAAGUGUCGGUAGUGAGGUGUGUGCAUACCUGACCUGAAUGUGAAGGUAGGAGGAUUUGAUUGCUGUGGGCGAUCGGAGUGUGCUAGCAGAGGGGAAUUUCCCAACUGGCCUGAUGUUGCAGGGAUUCUUUCCCUAGGUCUAUUCUCUUUUUUUUUUUCCCUUCUCUCCCCCCCCCCCCCCCACCUUGAUUAGCGCGAAGGCAUUCUUGUAGGAACAUGUUGUGGUUUCUAUCUUAGAGGCAUCUUGUAUGAAUGUGUUCUUUUGCACUCUUUUUGUGAAUGCUUCCAAUUUAUGUCAAGCCUUGGAAAAAG